UCUGAUAGGUUUGCUUUCUAGCCUUUUUUUUGGUUGGAUGGGUAAAAGCAUUUAUUCCUUGGAGCGUGAAACAUUGGUUCUCAAUUCCCCGGUAAAUAAUACGCCGGGCCACCUUUGGGAUUCUCCUCUGUUUCGUCCCCAUCGUUCCCCAAAAAGAAUUUCGGCCAGAGCGUUUCUUGGUGCAGGGAUCUCCUGUUCUUCAUGCACAGGCUCAACCCUUGGACCGUGCGAUGGCGACCACCGGUACGGCCCCGUGAGAUCUGGCGAUGCCGGGAGAAUCCGAUGGCAGGCCCGCCACCUGGGAUCUGCUCUUCAAUGCUUUCGCCGGCGCCUCUGCAGGGGCGAUAGCAGCCACCUUCGUCUGCCCGUUGGAUGUGAUCAAGACGAGGUUUCAGGUCCAUGGGUUGCCCAAAAUGCCCUCUUCUGCUCAGCGUAGUGUUAUCAUUUCAAGCCUAGAACAGAUAAUAAAAAAUGAAGGCAUCAAAGGAUUGUAUCGUGGUCUCUCUCCAACAAUUACUGCACUACUUCCAAACUGGGCAGUAUAUUUCACUGUUUAUAAUCAGCUGAAAGGCCUACUUCAUUCACAUGAAGAUGGAAAUAAUCAGCUCUCAAUUCGUGCAAACAUUAUAGCUGCCUCAGGUGCUGGGGCUGCAACAGCUGUUGCAACCAAUCCAUUGUGGGUUGUUAAAACCAGACUUCAGACACAAGGAAUGAGGCCUGGAGUGGUGCCUUACAGAAACAUGUUAUCUGCUUUUCGAAGGAUUGUGCAUGAAGAGGGUGUCCAAGGAUUUUACAGUGGCCUCCUUCCUUCUUUGGCAGGGGUUAGUCAUGUUGCCAUCCAAUUUCCAGCAUAUGAAAAGAUCAAGUAUUACUUGGCCAGAAGGGAUAAUACCACAGUGGACAAGCUCAGCCCUGGAAGCGUUGCUAUUGCUUCUUCACUAUCAAAAAUAAUCGCGUCCACAAUGACAUAUCCUCACGAGGUAGUACGGUCCAGGCUGCAAGAACAAGGCCAGGCACGUGAUACUGCUAACCAAUACACAGGUGUAGUGGACUGCACUAAGAAAGUCUUUCAGAAGGAAGGCAUCUCUGGCUUCUAUCGUGGCUGUGGCACAAAUUUGCUAAGAACUACCCCAACUGCAGUCAUCACCUUCACUAGUUACGAGAUGAUUCAAAGAUUUUUGCAUCGAGUGUUUCCACCUGAGCUUGAACCACUCCAAAACCCACCUGAAGUCUAACAUUGAUUGUGAGAAAGAGAGCAAUAAUGGAGGAGAAAGGCUUGGACGCAGCUGUUUGGUCUUGUCAAACCCAAUAGAUGAAAUGCUUACUUGCCAGACCAUGUCAUACAGGACACUGUGUGUUAAUUCUUCUCCCUCCAAUUUGACCAGAAUAUGCAGGUAUACAGAAUAGAGCACGAGAGUAUAUUGAUUUUCCCCUGAAAAAAAAAGAACUAUUAUCUCAUUGUUUCGUACAUCUAGGGCCACCCAAGCAUGUUGCAACUUUCAGAAUUUAUUAUUUUGACACCAAUUCUUUAAAGUUUUUGUCAGAAAAGUGAUCCUAUAAGCUAAUAUUUUCACAAUAACAUGAAUGUACCUGUUCUUGAUAUUUCAAGUGGAGCAGCAGCCAAUGAAAAUUAACUAAGAAAUAGAGCUCCCUGAUGUCAUUGCGGGAUGGUGGUGAUGAUCCUUAGCUUUGCAAAAUAGUCUCUUCACCUUGAAUCCUAAUUGGAAUUUUCCUUUUAGUGUGUCAAAGAGGAUAAGCUUGUUGCAUAUAGAUAUUUGAAGGUAUUUUGGCUGUGGAUUUUUGUGCUUCAUGCUGUACAAUGACAAUCACCUAAUUUGAUGAAGCAUGCGCUGACCUUCAUUUUGA